CUGAUGCUGUCUCCUUGGCCGCCUCUGAGUGUCCAGAGGUCCCAGGCUAGUUGCCUAAGCAGCCUCUUCAGAGCUCUGCAGUCAUGAACCAUUUCCAAGAGAUCCUUCCUAGGGUCAGGAGGAUCAUCUCCGGACCCUUGACCUCUCAAGUCCAUGGAUUUCUGGACAGCCUUCUGGAAAGAGAGCUCCUCUCCCGGGAAUACCACCAGGCCCUGCUCCAGGAGAAGGACAGGGAAGACCUCGCCAGGAAGAUCUCCUUGACGCUCCUGGGAAAAAGGGAUUUGUGCUUCAACACCCUGGCUCAAGGUUGCCUUCGCUCUGGGCACAAGCUGCAGACCUCUGCAGACAGCACUGCUGGGAGCAAGGGGAAAAUUAGUGGUCGGCGGUGCCAAGCCAUGGAGCCAGGGACUCUGGCAGAAGGGAGCUUUCUCAGGCUGCUUCAGAGCGACAUGGACCCACUGCAGCUCGUCCAUCUCUAUGACCAGAUGCCCCUGGGAGGGGAAGAGGAGAUCGAAUUCUCCCCAGACCCUGACACUGACACCGCGGAGAGUAUCAACUGCGAUCAGGUCACCAAGCUCUGGAAUGAGAUUGAAGGAGACGAAAGCACCCGAGAAGCAUAUGACAGUAUAGCGGCAUUAGCAGAGUACGUGCUCCGAGACCAGCAUCUGGAGAGAUUGCCUGAGGAUAUAUUUGAAAGCCUAGGCGCCGAUGAAAUGGCCAUCGAGAGCCCCGAGCUGCUUCCGGACCUGGUGCAGAAGUGUCCAAAACGAUCCUCCUCGGACAUUGCUGAGCCUCAUGAGGACCCUACGGAACCCAAGCACAGGAAAACAGAACUGAAAUCCCAGAGCACCACAAGAAGACCAAACCGGGGACACAGAUGGUCUGAUCCAUACAGAGCUGGGCCCCCUGAUGUUCCCAUGGUGACCGGCAACCUCCUGACGGUGCCUGUAGGUGGUUCUUCUGCUGUUGCCAGCCUUCUGUCUCUUCUCCCAGGGCAGGAUCCCUACCCAACUCACCCCUCCUUUGAAGAGGCCUUGCUGGCACCCUCUCCAUCCAACUCCUUCCUCAGCUGUGUCAACGUCACCACGGGAGAGAUUCAGAUGGUCCCCACCCUCCCCACCGGGCCCCAGCCUUUUCUCCACUUCUCCGCAGGAAAUGGCAUCUCGAACCUCAUCAUCUGUCCAGGUGAUUCAACCAUCCACAGCCUCCCGGUGUCCCCCGACAGGAAUGCGUCACCCAGCCCUUUCGCUCCAUCAGCCGGCGACGUGCCCAACAUGCCCGAACCUGCAGCUAUGACUUCGAACCGCGGGCUGGAAGAAGAUAUCCCCACAGGAACGUCCCGAGAAGCUACCGUUCAUCCUGACCAGCCUCUGAAAAGGCCAAAAUUGGUGGAAAGGUUCUGCUCGGCGCUGCGGGAGGAGUACAGCAGAAGCCCUCAGCGGGCCGGGCCCCGGGGUCGCCCGCCGCCGCUCGACGGCUUCUACAUCGACGGGGACCUCAUCAGGGCCCAGCUGGAGGCCAAGCCGGGGAAGAACGCCGGCAAGGGCCUGGAGAAGGAGCUGGCCAUCUACGACCUGGCGGAGAGGCAGAAGGCCCACGUCGGCAGGAGGGAGGUAUUCGCCAGCCGAAGCGGGCAGCGGCGAGAGACCCAGGUGAUCGCCUUGCUGGGGAAGGCCGGGAUGGGCAAGAGCGCCUUCGUGAGGGCCGUCUGCCGGGACUGGGCCGCGGGCCGGCUCCCCCAGUUCGAGUUCGUCUUCCGCUUCGAGGGCCGGAGGCUGAACCUGCCCGGGGCCCGGUUCAGCCUCCGCGGCCUGCUCUUCGAGCUGUGCCUCCAGCCGCCGGAGAGGAGCGAGGAGGUCUUCAAGUACAUCCUCAGGCACCCGGAGCGGGUCCUCAUCCUCCUGGACGCCUCCGAGGGGCUGCUGGAGGGGCCGGAGGGCUUCCUGCACUGUCGGGGCUGUUCCUCUCCCCGGGAGUCCCACCCCAUCAAGGGGCUGCUGGCGGGGCUCUUCCAGAAGAAGCUCCUGAGCGGCUGCACGCUCCUCAUCGCGGUCAGGCCCAAGGACAGGUUCGGCCACUUCCUGGCCAAGGUGGACGGCAUCGUGGAGGUGACGGGCUUCUCCCCCGAGCAGGCCGAGGCCUACGUGGCGCGCUACUUCGACGGAUCCCCGCGCGGGGAGGAAGCGCUGACGCUGCUCCGGGCCCGGCCCUACCUCCUCAGCCACUGCCACAACCCCGGCCUGUGCAGGCUGCUCUGCCGGCUCUGCGAGGCCCUCCUGGCUCCGGGGGGACCGGCCGACCUGCCCGCCACGCUGACCGGCCUCUGCGUCGCCCUCCUGCGGCCCGAACUGGCGCCCGGGGGCGAGGGGGCGCCGGAGGACGGGUGUAGGCGGCAGCUGAGGGGCCUGGCGGAGCUGGCCUGGGCGCUGGGGCAGAACCACCAGGACGCCCUGAGGGACGACCGCUUCCCCUCCGGGGAGCUCAAGGAGUUCGCCGACGCCACGGGCUUCAUGCAGCCCUUCCCCGGGGCUGGAGAGCCGGGGAGCGUGUUUUCCAGCUUCUUCCUGCAGAACUUCCUGGGGGCCCUGAAGCUGGCCCUGACGGAUGAGGCCAAGGACAAGGAGCUCCCCAAGUACCUGGCCCUGACCCCCAGGAAGAAGAAGCCGCACGACAACUGGCUGGAGGGCGUGCCCCGACUGCUGGCCGGGCUGCUCUUCCAGCCCCGGGACGGCUGCCUCGGGCUCCUCGGGGGCGAGGACCGGGACGGGGCGGCGGCCAAGAAGCAGAAGACCCUCCUCCGCUACCUGAAGAGGCUGCAGUACGGCUCUCUGGGCCCCGGCCGGCUCUUGGAGCUGCUCCACUGCACCCGCGAGGCCUGCGACGGCUACCUCUGGCGGCACGUGGCCUCCGGCCUGCCCCCUGAGCUCUCCUUCCGGGGCUCCCGGCUCACCCCGCCGGACGUCCACGUGCUGGGGGAGGUCCUGCAGGCCGCCGGGAAGGAGUUCUCCCUGGACCUCAGGAACAGCGGCGUCGACUUGCCGGGUCUCAGGCGCCUGGUCGGGCUCGGCAGCGUCAGCCAGUUCCGGGCCUCCUUGAGUGACACGGCCGGGCUGUGGGAAUCCCUUCGGCUCCAGGGAGAGCACGAGCAGCUCAGGAGCGCCACUGACAAGUUCACCAUCGACCCCUUCAAGGUCAAGACCCUGAAGGAUGUGGAUGAGCUGUGCAGCCUGGUGCAGAUCCAGGACAGCAUGGUCCAGGGGAGGAGAUUCGCAGAGGACGAUGCCCCGGGUGGGAUUCCCGCCGUCAGGAACCUGAGGAAAUUGGAGUUCGCGCUUGGCCCAGUCUGGGGUCCACAGGGCUUCCCAAAGUUGGUGGAGAUUUUUGCAGCCUUGCCAUCCCUCCAGCACUUGGAUCUGGACGCUCUGAGUGAGAACAAGAUCGGUGACGAAGGGGCGGCUAAGCUGUCAGCUGUAUUUCCUGAGCUCAAAUAUCUGGAAACCCUGAACUUGUCGCAGAACAGCAUCACGGACUUGGGGGCCCAGGAGCUGGCCAGGGCUCUGCCUUGCUUAUCCUCACUCGUCACGCUAAGUUUGUACAACAACUGCAUCUGUGAUGCUGGAGCUGAGGAGCUUGCCCAAGUCCUUCCAGAAAUGCCAUCCCUGAAAGUGCUAAACGUUCAGUACAACAAGAUCACAGCCGCUGGAGCCCAGAAGCUCACAGCCAGUCUGAGAAAGUGCCCCCAGAUGGAGACCCUGGCGAUGUGGAACCCGACGAUUCCUUACGGCUUCCAGGAGCAUCUCCAGCAGCUGGAUUCCCGGAUCAGCCUUCGGUAGCCCCGGCGGGGUCCCCGGUGAAGCGAAACAUCUGCCAUCUCGGUGGCGGUCCGCUCGGAGCUCUGUGGUGAAGCUAAGCAGCUGCGACUCGCUUUCUCCUUCGGAUACUCACUUGGCAGGUGUCCCUCGGAAAGUGAUCCGAGGCAGCCGUUUCCUCGCUUCCAGUUUUCUGCUGCUGGGGGCGGGGAAGAUAAGUCAUCUUCGCAGACCCCCCCCCGGCUGAUCUAGAAACACAGAGAGAGCUCCUGGUGCUCUCUGAAGCUCCAAGCGGCCCGAGGUCAUGGGCACCGCCAAAGCCGAGGGAUUUCUGUCUUUACACUUUGCACUGCAGGAACUGCACUUUGCUUGGUCAAAACACUGUUUCUAGGCAUCGAGGGUGGAUGCAGCGCUCGGUCGAUCGCUUUCUCACCAUCGGCAAGCGGGUCACAGCCAGCGAGUGCCAGGACGUGACUGUAAACACCGGGCUUGACUCAACUUCGUAAUAGUCAGAAUGGAAGCUAUUUACGGGAGUUAAAUGUUACACUAAACCUGGGAGCCAGAGACGGCGGGUAGAGACCGUGGGUUUUGUUUUAUCAUAGCUAAGAGUGCCGCCUUUCUGUUAGGCGCUCUCCCGUGCAACCUCUGGGACAGAUGGUGGAGAUGGAGAGAGGUCAGGAGUGCGGGAAGCUCAAGUCCUGGCUUUAAAUCGAGGACUUUGAUUGAAAAAGUGAAGGGGCAGCUUCACCCACCCCCCUGGAGUGGCAGAUAACAACAGGUGGUUUCAGAAGAACUGUAGGGCAACCGCCGGGGGCUCGAUUGGGCUCGAAUUCAGGAACCGAAAUCUCUAUUUUUGGACGCCCACGGAGGGUGACGGGACCCCAGAGCCCUUGAUGCCAUUUGCCUCGGCUUGCCGUUGGAACUUUCGAGCGAGCCAGGAUUUAAAGCGUGUCGGAGGAAGAACGGGCCGAAAUGGUUUCCUCCUUCACUUUUGCACCCUAUGCAAAGAUAUAGGCUAAUUUCCCCAAAAGAGCAAUGGCACCGACAGCUGGAGGCGGAGGCUGCACUUUCUGGGGAUGACAAGAUCGGUCGGCGUUUGGGAGGCCGCAGGAAGGAACCGCGACAGUGUGGUCUUUAGGCUUUCGCUGGGCCUUUACGAUUUGCUCAGACCACUUAAUAACCAGCUUUGGAGGGGUGCGGCAGCCGUCUUGCCUGUUCCCAGCUUUCCCUCGCAACUUUUUCCUGGUCCGCAGUCCAAAAUCUUUCCACAGACACUCUCCAAGGCUCAACAUGCCUGCACUCCUGGCCCUGCUGGGCAUGUGCUAUCUUUCCUAAACGGUGAGGGUGAGGGUUGACAGAAAUCCCGGCUCCAGUAGAGGGUCUCCGACGUCUGUCAAUCAGUUGUACUGUGUGUAGAACAGCGUGCUGAGCGCUUGGGAGUGUACAAUCUGACAGAUUUGGUAGAGUUCCCUGCCCACAAGGAACUUACAGUCUACACGUCAGAAGUACAGCAAGGUCAAGGGGCUACUGAAAUCGCCUGGCUCAGUGAAAGCAAAACUGGUCCUUAAUUCAGACCCUCCUCUCCGAAGCCUCAUUAACCGCAGCGUUUUAUCCGGACGGGGUGAGACUGGCCCUGCAGGCAUCGUGAAACUCCUAUGGCCAAAGACGUGGAAACGACGAAAAUCCUCAGCCUCAAAGGUGAGGCUUCCCAGGUCCCCGUAGGAGGCUUUAAGGACGAGGCGGCGGAACUGUUGUGCUACCCGCUCGCCUUCACCUCGUUGAAUCUUCGAGUGCCAAGAGAGAUCCAAGGACCGUUUGAUCAGAUCUUUGUCCGGCAGAAUGGGCACUAAACCCCUGAGUGGAUUAACCCUGAUGCCAGUAGUUCCAGCUUUCUAUGUAUGGCGGUGUAAAGGGGGCAGAAGUUUCACGGGUUCUGAGGACCAGGAAGGGGUCGGACAUCAAAGGGCUUUUCCAUGAGGUCAUGGAAAAGCCUCCAUUUUCAGCAUCUCAGAACCUUUUCGGCCCGGAUUGGAAAUUUAUAAAUCUUGUCAGGGACUCGAGGUGAGCGAGGCUGGCAGCCAAGCCAACCCAGCGGAGGGGGUCUCUGGUCCGUGUCCCCCCCCCCCCGCCCCACCACAUGGAGCCACCCACGCCUGGACCAAUGGAGCGAAGACCCGGGACCCCAGCUGUCCACCACCCCCACGGCUGGGAAAAUCCCAAUGGGUCGCUGAGAGCUACGUCACGCCAAGCGACUCUCCUUGCUUUUGCCAUCCUGCUCUAACUGGCUCCGAGCCAAGGGACCAUCCCAACUGGGAGGCGGGGGUGGUCCCGUGGGGGGGCGGGUAGAAGAAGACAUCCCCAGCUUCCAGCAUCACCUCCAGGCCCGGGUCCUCUCCUGGGACUUCUGGGUCUGGCCCUGAAAUCCCGCUCCGGGUGGCAGGCACCCUUAGGCUCUACCUAAACCCUUUAAGGUCAGAGUUCACAUUUCAAGUGUUCAUCUUUUUCUCAGUAUCACCAGAAGCACUUCUUAGAGGCAAUCUGGGAAGCGGGGGUGAUCUGAAAACUCAAGCCAAGUCGAGAGCCGCCUUUCCUUCUCCCUCCAAUGUUUUUAAAUGCGCUGGAUUGGGGUGACUUAACAUAAAAAUGGGCUUAGGCCGAGGUCUCUCUGCUCCGAAGAGGGAGCUUCAACUGCCCUGGCAACAUAGCCCCCACUGGGGAACUUUAAGCCGGCAGGAUUUUUUUUUUUAAUGGUAUUAAGCGCUUACUAGGUGUCCAGCGCUGUUCUAAGUGCUGGGUUAGAUACAAGUUCAUCAGAUUGGACGCAGCCCCUAGCCCACAUGAGGCUCACAGUCUAAGUAGGAGGGAGAACGGGUAUUGAAUCCCCCUUUUACAGUCGAGGGAACCGAGCCACAGAGAAGUGAAGUGACCUGCCCGAGGUCACCCAGCAAGCAAGGGGCAGAAAGUCACAUCCUCCAACUCCCAGACCCAGGUUAUUUUCACUAGGCCUCGCUGAUUCCUGGGCUGUUGGAAGCCCAGAGCCAUCCACGACCCUGGACGAGCGGCUGCAGCUCUGGGGACUGGAAGCCGGGUAUGUCGUGAGGCCCAGCCCACCGCUCAGCUGAUCUUUCCUGAGACGAUCAGAAAGAAACACCCAUCGCCAUCAAACCCCCUCGAAUGGAACGAAGAUCGGAGACGUCUCGAGAGAGGAGCCCUUUCAGCCCUCUACUGCCGGACGUUGGUUUCUCUCCUUUCCCCCUUCUCCAGGCUUGCUCGGCCCGUGCUUGCAGGUGGGAUAACUGUGAUCCUUCAGCCGGCCGGGGAGAGGACAAGCCCGUGGAGAUUCUCCUCUCCGGGGUGGGGCGGCUCUACCCUCCUCUUCUUCUCCAGGGGUCCCGGCUCUUACCCCGAAACGUGGUCCCUGGGGAGGGUUGUUCAGUAGAGAUCUGUGGGAAUUGAAACCACCCACUCUAAAACAGAGCGCCCUUUCUCUGGCUCUUCAAGGUGUCUGACAGACAACCUCCCACACACUUCCAUCUGAUACUGUAAGUCCUUUUAUUAAGGCUGGGAGGGGCUGCCCGACCGGAGAACAUUAAGGCUCCCCUGGGGUUCGGACCUACAGCGGUGUCAGUAUGCUCCGGGGCUGGCUCAGCAGACCUGCCCGUGGUGUCGGUCAACCGUUAUCCAUUUAGUGCUUAUUUUUCUCUCUGGCGCAAUGUUAGCAGAGGUGUCUGGCGGAACAGAAAAAGCUUUAACAGAAGAAAAGUAUAAUCCUUCCUUGGAUAUGUUUCUUUCUUGAAUAUGUAUCCUGUUUAUAGCUGUACAGAACCGUGAAAAUAUUUUGUAGCUGUAUAUAAACUCACAGUGAUAACUAUCUUUUAAAAUUCCCUUUUGUACAUCUUUUUAAAUCCAGGUUGAAUAAAACUUCCAGAUUUCCACAAUGAA